UUUACGGUACCAAGAUGGCGCUCCCCUGUAGGAGUAACGUGAAGUCUCUCUUCCGAUUCAUUCUCAAAACUAAUACACCGAAACGAUUUCUCUGCGCUGGAAGCAAUGUAAAUUCUAAGGACUCCUCCUCCUCUGCCGGCGGUCGCGUGUUCUCUGGGAUCCAGCCCACAGGUGUGCCUCACCUGGGCAACUACCUGGGCGCGCUGGAGAACUGGGCGUCGCUGCAGGGCGUGUUCGGGUCGGUGCUGUACAGCAUCGUGGACCUGCACGCCAUCACGCAGCCCCAGGACCCCACGGCGCUGCGGCACGGCAUCCUGGACAUGGCGGCCAGCCUGCUCGCCUGCGGCAUCGACCCCGAGCGCUCCGUCCUCUUCCAGCAGUCUCAGGUGCCCGAACAUGUGGAACUCUCCUGGAUCCUGAGCUGUCUGACCAGCAUGCCCCGGCUGCGGCACCUACCCCAGUGGAAGAUGAAGAGCAAACAGAAGAGUGAGGGAAGUGUUGGGCUAUACACAUACCCCGUCCUUCAGGCAGCAGACAUUCUCCUUUACAAGUCCACUCACGUUCCGGUCGGGGAGGACCAGGUCCAGCAUCUGGAACUGGCCCAGGACGUGGCGCGGAUAUUCAACAACAACUACGGAGAGUUCUUCCCUGAGCCCCGUGCGCUUCUCAGCACCAUGCGGAAGGUAAAGUCCCUCCGCGACCCGACCGUCAAAAUGUCUAAAUCGGACCCCCAGAAGCUUGCUACCAUCAGCCUGACCGACUCGCCCGACGACAUUGUGCUCAAGAUCCGCCGCGCCGUCACAGACUUCACCUCCGAAGUGACCUAUGACCCCGACGCCCGGCCCGGCGUGUCCAACCUGGUGUCGGUCCACGCGGCCGUCUCGGGCCUCACCGUGGAGGAAGUGGUCCGCCAGGCGCACGGGCUCGACACGGCCCGCUACAAGCAGGUGGUGGCCGAGGCCGUGGUCCAGAGGCUGGAUCCCAUCCGGAGGGAGAUCCAGAGGCUGAAGGACGACCGGGCCCACCUGGAGAGCAUUCUGGCCCGUGGGACACUGAAAGCUCGGGAGCUGGCCUCACCGGUGAUGAAAGAAGUCCGACAGCGCGUGGGCUUCCACUGAGUGUGUGUGUGUGUGUGUGUGUGUGUGUGUGUGUGUGUGUGUCUGUCUGUGUGUGUGUGUGUCUUUUUUACAUCACGGCUGCCCUGUUCUCCGAGGAAGAUCUGCUAAUCUGCUGGAGUCUUGCUACAGCCUUAAAGCAACAUCACUGACCAGAGGCUCCUAAAGAGAUGGAUUAGAUUAAUGGACCGCUUUGACUUCCUCUUCCUCAUCCUCAUCCUCAUCGUCACCGUAACGAUGUGAUCAUUAGAUGGUGCUGAAAUGGAUCCACAUCAUAGAAAAGGAAUUUGCCAGCUGCAAGGAGAAUCAAGCCAUCAUUUCUUUUUUUUCCCUGUCACAAUGGAAGAAAGCCCUCUUCUGUUGUUAUCUUGUGAUACUGAAACUGGCUUUGCUAGCCGUCUGUGACUUGAGUAGGUCAGUUUGUUGUAGUGACAUUUCAAAGUCAUGUUACACUGAAGGUGAAGAGGGCUAUCGGAUGUAAUAUGUUACCAGUGUCGGCUAAGUAGAAGGGUGAAAAAGCUGUGUGGAGAGAGCGAGCAAGAGAGAGAGAGAGAGAGAGAGAGAGCGUCCGCGAUGCCUAGUCUUCCCAGUGGCUUGUGAAAAAGAACUCUCCUGUAUCCUUCAGGUCCUGCAAUCUUGAGGAGACAGACUGUUUGCCCAGAAUGUAUUCUGGGACAUUUUUAUUGGCACUAUGGAAACUUAUGCGAGACUGGUGAUGACGCUGUCUCUACUGCAGUGUACAGGUGAGCUUCUAGAGACAAGCUCUUCCUUUACCCUGUUGCUCACACACACGCUUUCAGUGACCCCCCCCCCCCCUCCUCACCGUUUCUUAAUUAUUUUGUCAUGUUUUCUAUUUAUUUUGACAAAAUAAAUGUAAAAGAAUACUGUUUUGAAAAGA